AUGAGUGCAACCGACAUAAAUAAAGUUGACCAUGAAGAAGAAACUAAGACGUUAGAUAAACAACAAAUAGAAGCCGAGGAGAAAGAGAUAAUGUUAAAAGUAGAAAGUGAAACUGUAGAAGACGAUGUAGAGCUUCGAAACGACGAAGGCCCUGUAAAAUCAGCUCUUUCGGGUGAUAUUACUGAACAGGGACGCGAAGUGAAGCCCAAAUUUAUACCAAUUGGCGCGAUUAAAAUGCCUGGAUUUUUUACUAGAAAUUCGGAUAGAGAAAAAUCAAAGGAUGAGGAAGCUAUUGAAAAAGAAACAGAUAAUGACAAAAGCACAGAGAAAACUGAUGAUGAUUCCAAAUCUAAACAGCGCUUCCAGUUUUUACAAACUUGUCCUUUUACAAAAUACCUUCAACAAUCUCCUAAAGAAAAUGAACUUGAUCAGAGUGGUGGAAAGAAAGGUUUUGGAUUGUUUAAUGUGAAGUAUCCAAAGUUGUUUCAAAAACGUUCUGCAAGUGCAACUGAAGCGGCGCUCGCUUCAAUGGAAACAUUAGAAGAUAAACUGGACACUCCUAAUGAUGGAAUGGAAAAUGUAAAAUUAGAUAUGACAGAUGAGCAAGAAGGUAAAGUAGCAACAAGACUUCCAUUAAAAGAGAGGAUUCGGCAGAAAAAGUUUAUUAUUGAUGACAUUAUGGUAUGUGGAGUUGCACUAUUAGUGCUUUUAGUAGUGGUAGUGGGUGUUUUAAUAGGGGCACUUGCUGGUCCACCCACUGAACGACCCCUACGCCUUGGAAGAUUUAUAACAACUUUGACAACUUGUGGAUUGAUUGAAGGAAUUCUAGAUGAAGGUGUCUAUAAAUUUUAUAGCAUCCCAUAUGCAGUGCCCCCAGUGGAAGAAAAAAGAUUUACUUACGCACAACCAAUAAACAACCUAUCGAUGUGCUGGAAUGGUACCCUUCAAGUUCAUGAACCUGGUCCUCUUUGUCUUCAGUUUUUGGAAAAUGGUACUAUUACUGGAGAUGAAGAUUGCUUAACUCUUGAUAUAGUCACACCUCAUGUGAGAUACGAUUCACCAUUACCAGUUGUUGUCUUGAUAGGCGCUAAUACAUUAGCUGGAGGAAUUGGUCCAGCCCAACCUUCUGCCUUAUAUGCAAGGACUAAAGAAGUUGUCUUUGUCAGACCAAAUUUUAGACUAGGAGCAUUUGGGUUUUUAUCUCUUGAUAUUCUAUCAACUGUAAAAUAUCCGCCUACAUCAGGUAAUUAUGGUCUUAGUGAUUUAAUGGUGGCAUUGCAGUGGAUUAAAUAUAAUAUAAAACAUUUUGGAGGAGAUCCCGAAUCUGUAACAUUGUUGGGGCAUCGGGCGGGCGCUACUUUAACGGCUGCCUUAACUACUAUAAAAAAGGCGCACAAGUUAUAUUCUCGCGUUUGGCUAUCUUCACCAUCUGUCAUAUUCCCUGGAGAACCUCUUGUACAAUCGCAGAAAAAUAACGAGCAAUUCAAACAGAUUAGUAAAUGUAACGAUGCCGAUUGUUUGCGACGGAUAUCUCAAUUAGAAAUUAUGACGGCCACUCCCGACACUUGGCUCGGAACCGAUGUUAGUACUCUACCACUUUCUGGAGAGUUUAAACGUUCUUGGCUCGUACUUGAUGGGGACCUUAUGAGGAAUCACGCGUACGAAAUUUGGGACGAGCAGAAGGAAGCCAAGAACACUGGUAAAGAUAAAAUGUUCAAACCCAUGGUAUUCGGAACCACACAACAUUCUGGCCAUUCUGAGGUGUUACGAAUGAAGCACAUAAACUGGACUGCCGAAAUUGUCGAGAGAAUGGUUAAUGAAAGUUAUUUAGGCGAGAAGAACUUGACGAAUGACGUUUUUAAAGUUUUCAAUAAAACAUAUGAGGGUUUAGUGGACUUAAUAUCGUCUAUACGGACAUUGUGUCCGUUGGUGAGCCUGGCGCGGCUGCGUCUGGUAGCGCCGAUGUACGUAGUGCUGGGUUCGGGUGCAGGCGGCGGCCGGACCGGCUCGGGCAUGGCUGGCAUCAAUUCUGAUAUUGAAGCAAUUUUGGGCACCUUCGACUCUGUAAUGGCCGAACAACGCAGGUUCAUGGCGGCUGUACAACAGCUGUUUUACUAUUUCGUCUGGCACGGACACUUGCCGGGCCCUGAAAGUGGUUUAAUCGCCGUGGGUCAAGACCUCCUCACCCACCCUGGACUCCCCGCAUGUGACUUGCUCAUACAAAACGAUAUUGUACCUAGAUAUGCGCACAUCGAU